CCUUCACGUCAUUCAAUCACUGUCGCCCCAUCCGCCGCCGACGAGUCGAGCAGCACACAUCAACGUCUCGACCUCAGCAUUCUCGCAAGCACCCAUACCAAGAUUGCUGCCACUUUAAAAUCCUUCCUCACGCUCUAAGCAUAGCUCGGAAAAAUGGAAUCUGGCCGAGCUGUUCCCGGAGACGCCACCAAGGAGAGCUCCUUCUCGCCGCCACCGCUCGCUCCUCAACGAUCGAGCUCGUCCUCGAGCAUUAACAAGUCGGCGCACCGCUCCAGUUUCGUGGAGAAUCUCAGAGGGGUGCCGCCUUCGCCUCGGUCCCAGCGUCAUCCUUCUUUGACACAAGCCGCCAUUCAGGAUCUGCUCAACAACCCGCCCACCGCCAAGAACAAUGACCCGCGAUUCGCGGGCCGCGACUGGACAGAGAUCUCGAUCGGCGAGCUCGUUUCUCGAGAAGACGUCAAAUGGGUCGAGAUGGACACAAGUGUCGAGGACACCACCAUGACUCUCCUCAAGAACUCGACAAGCAACGUGGUCCUCAUCCGCGAGAACACCUCGAGUACGACUGCCAUAUCUACUUUCGACUACAACGAUCUCAACGCAUAUAUACUGGUUGUUGUGGGGCUCGCCCACCCAACAGAAGAGCUCGUCACCAUCUGCAACGACAUCGGCCUUAAAGCGCAGGCCCGAGUGGACAUCCCCGUCCGCGAUAUACAGCCAAUAUGUCGCAAGGAAUCGCUGGUGACCUUGCAAGCUGAUGAGGACCUUCUGAGCGCCAUAGAGCUCUUUGCCAGCGGCAUCCACCGUAUCCUCGUUACAAACCGCGGGUCCGAGGUAGUUGGCGUACUUAGUCAGUUGAAGCUCAUCGAGUUCUUCUGGAAUGAGAGUGUCCACUUCAAAGCCAUCGACGAGCUCUAUCCGAAACUGCUCCGUGAUCUCGGCAUUGGAUCGCAGCGAAUUAUCGCUGUCAACGCCGAGAGCCCGCUGGCCGAUGCGCUCAAUCUUAUGAGUCAAGAAGGGCUCUCCAGCGUUGCCGUGAUUGACAACGCCUCCAACGUGGUUGGAAAUAUCUCUUCAGCCGAUGUGAAGCAUCUCACCAGUGCUGCCAGUCUCCCACUGCUCAGCUCUUCGUGCUUACACUUCAUCUCGGUGAUCCUCACAGAACGCGGCACAGAGAAGGGCAAGGAUUCGUUCCCAGUCUUCCACGUCAAUCCCUAUUCGACUCUUGCACACACUGUCGCCAAACUGGUUGCGACAAGAUCACAUCGUAUGUGGGUGGUCGAGUCAGCAUCCCCAUCCCCGUCGGCACCAGCUACGCCUUUGCUAGGCCCUUCGAGUGCUUUUCCUGCUCAGUCACCAGCACAGCCUUCUGUCUCGGGCAACCACUUGACAACGCCAGCGAGUGCCUCCAUGUCUGGGAUGAUCUUGUCUGGCAGGCUCACUGGCGUUGUCACGCUAACAGACAUUCUCAACCUGUUCGCCAAGUCUUCGGGUUUAAAGCCCUCGGAUCCAAGCGAGCAGCGUGCUCGACGGCGUCGAAGCUCGAGUGCAUCACUGAGGCCAUCCAUAGACGGCAAUCGCACCGGCACCGACAUCCGGACAGAUUUUAGAAGACAGUCUAGUGUACAACGCGACUAGAUGUCUGUCUCAAAGGCAGAGCUGUCUGCUCCGUUGCGCUUGCGCCUAUGGCUGGCGCACAUAUCUGACGCUUUCCUUGUUACAGCGACUCGACCGAGCCACAGCUUCACACUCGUGGUUGUCACAGCUUGUUAAUGUCCCUGUGCUCGCUAAAGCCCCGGCUCACUUUCUACAGUCCAAUAGUU